GAGCUUUCACGAAUUAUAUACUGUACUGUAUGAUACAGCGACAAUUCAACGGGGCACAUCGCUCACACACCGCCGAGGCCUUUUUCUGCUUCCUGUUUCGUCACACCGGUGUGGUCAGCGUAAGGCUGCCGUGAUUGGUUGAUGUCACAGGUCGCUGUGACGUAAACGGAAGUGUUCGCGCAGUUCUGCUUUCCAACGUGUUCACUCGACGUGAAAAAAAAUAUUAACCCCUGUUAGUGGUGCGAAAGGCAGUUUUCGACCACAUUAAAACGGUUAAACAGCCAAGCACACGGAUAUCUGGUCAUCCUCUUAAGAAGGGCGCAUUUCAGGAGCAGCGCUUCCCAGCUACCGUUACUGAAGUUCCAGAUGUUUCAGAUCAAGAAAAUUUGCUGCAUAGGUGCUGGCUAUGUGGGAGGUCCAACGUGCAGCGUUAUUGCGCACAUGUGUCCGGAGAUCAGAGUCACUGUGGUCGAUGUCAAUGAGUCUAGAAUAAAGGCGUGGAACUCAGAUACACUACCCAUUUAUGAGCCAGGUCUGAAGGAGGUUGUUGAGUCUUGUCGAGGGAAGAAUCUUUUUUUCUCCACAGAUAUAGACUCAGCAAUUAAAGAGGCUGACCUUGUGUUUAUUUCUGUAAACACCCCUACAAAGACAUAUGGUAUGGGGAAGGGGCGUGCCGCCGACCUGAAGUUCAUUGAGGCAUGUGCCCGGCGGAUCGUGGAGGUGUCUGACGGUUACAAAAUUGUGACAGAGAAAAGCACAGUGCCAGUCAGGGCUGCUGAGAGCAUCCGUCGGAUUUUUGAUGCCAACACAAAGCCCAGUCUCAACCUCCAGGUGCUGUCCAACCCAGAGUUCCUGGCGGAGGGCACAGCGGUACGCGACCUGAAGCAGCCUGAUCGCGUUCUGAUUGGAGGGGAUGAGACGCCUGAGGGUCAGCGUGCAAUCCAGUCUCUGUGUGCAGUGUACGAGCACUGGGUCCCCAAGUCUCGCAUCAUCACUACUAACACAUGGUCCUCUGAGCUCUCCAAACUGGCGGCCAAUGCAUUCCUGGCCCAGCGGAUCAGCAGUAUUAACUCCAUCAGUGCCUUGUGUGAGGCCACAGGGGCUGAUGUAGAAGAGGUUGCCCGAGCCAUUGGCAUGGACCAGCGCAUCGGCAGCAAAUUCCUCAAGGCUAGCGUGGGUUUUGGAGGAAGCUGCUUCCAGAAAGAUGUUCUGAACCUGGUGUACCUCUGCGAGGCCCUCAACCUUCCAGAGGUGGCCUCUUACUGGCAGCAGGUGAUUGAUAUGAACGAGUACCAAAGACGCCGGUUUGCCUGCCGCAUCAUCGACUGCCUGUUCAACACAGUAACGGGGAAGAAGAUCGCUCUCCUGGGCUUUUCCUUCAAGAAGGACACAGGUGACACCCGGGAAUCAUCCAGCAUCUACAUCUCCAAGUACCUGAUGGACGAGGGGGCCAAACUGUACAUCUACGAUCCCAAGGUGCUGAAGGAGCAAAUCAUCCAGGACUUGUCACAGCCCAGCAUAUCUGAGAAUGACCCAGAAAGAGUGUCAGACUUGGUGACGGUCACCAAUGACCCGUAUGAGACUUGCAAAGGAGCCCAUGCUCUGGUCAUCUGCACAGAAUGGGACAUGUUUAAGAAUCUGAACUAUGAAAAGAUCUACUGCGAAAUGCUGAAGCCAGCCUUCAUCUUUGACGGUAGGCGCGUCCUGGACCAUCUCCAUCCCAAACUUCAGAACAUAGGUUUCCAGAUUGAGACUAUUGGCAAGAAGGUGACCACUCCACGAAUUCCCUUCACACCUGCAGCUGGAGUUCCCAAAAUCAUCCUCACAGAACCACCAGCUAAGAAGGCCAAAGUCUGAGUGACCCCAUCAAUGGGCAGAACCUGCAUCCAUCUUAUUUCACUCUCCAGUACUGAUGAGACUGUGUGUCUCGCUCGCUCUUAAGUCUCCGUAUCACGUCUGUCUGGUUUCCAACAUGGGGGAUGGAGCCCUCAAGAGCAUCUCAGGGUGUUCACGUCUGUCCUCCUCUUCCUCAUGUUGGCUCCGAUCGUCCUCCCAGACAAGCUUCCUCACCACCUCCUCCCUCCAAACAGCUCCUUCUGGAGCCUGGAAGUGGGCCAUCGUGUGGGAGCGCUUACGUCCACAUACGUUCCUCGUAAUUUUCUGUAUCUCUACGCAUCAUCGCCUUCCUUGAAUUGCAGACCUUGAACUGAGAAUCAAGUACGAUUUUUGUUUAGACAAACGAUAGACUGUGCAUGACCAGUAUCGCUUUGUGACGUCCAGUACGAAUUAUAUUUAAAUUAAUUUUAUAGCCAAUUAGGGUAGUUUUAAAAGUAUCCUACUCCUGUUGUACAGGAUUUGAGAAUUUGAAUACAAGACCACUGAUUUCAGUUUCUUGUAAGGUAAAUAAACUGGGCCAAACCAAUUGAAAACAUUUGCAA